UGAUCAUGUGCGCCAGUCUUUCUCAAUCGCGCGCGCUCACUUUAUCUCGCCGUCUUUCUUUGGGAAGUACAGAGACACCUUGCUGAAUGACAGGAAAAACCAAGACUGCCCCACGUGUCCUCCCGAACUAUCUAUCUCCACAUGGAAGAAAAUGAUCAUAGCUGAUGGGGCCAAAGAAAAUAUAUCAGAAAGCAGUGUUCAGUGAAAGAAGAGAAGGAGACCCUGCUGUGAAGUCUGUUAUGGGCUGCUACAGGAGCACACCCUUUUUUAUACCCGAUUUGAGCUCAUCGCUCUUGUUCAAUGAUUAAGAAUAUUUUAUAGCAGCGUUUAGUACUGGUAAUUCCAGAAUUACUCUAAGUUAGUUUUGGUCUCCUGUCAAAUAUCUUUAAUAACAAAGUUUUUAUGGCCAGCCAUGAACCGUGUUAGAGAAGUGAAACCUUAAGCUUACCAUACUUGCACAGCAUGGGCACAGAAUUGUGUUUGUGUCACAGUCACAAGCUGAACAUCUAUGAAGAACAUUAAGGAAUGUAUCACAGAACUUUGGAUUGUAAUGUCUUCUUUUCAGAGCAAAAUAUGACUUAAUGUGGGACCUCAACCAUUUCUUGAUUAUGAUAUCAAGCCUCAUAAAAAGUGAAGCGAUGUGUAACAUCUCAGAUUCCUGUAAGGUUGAUUCAAACAUCGAUCAAUUCUUUCAGCCAGUGCUGUACAUUAUUGUUAUCAUCCUUGGCUUCCCAACAAACUGUAUGGCCCUGUGGGCUGCCUACUUGCAGGUGAAGCAAAGAAACGAACUGGGUAUCUAUUUGAUCAACCUUUCUGUGGCUGACCUUCUUUACAUAGCCACAUUGCCACUUUGGAUUGAUUAUUUCCUCCAACAUGACAACUGGAUCCAUGGGCCAGGGGCUUGCAAGCUGUUCGGUUUCAUUUUCUAUACCAACAUAUAUGUCAGCAUUGCUUUCCUCUGUUGCAUUUCUUUGGAUCGUUAUUUGGCAGUGGCCUAUCCACUCAAGUUUGCCAAAGUGCGUCGGAUCAAGACAGCUGUUUUUGUCAGUGCAAUAGUCUGGAUUAUGGAAAUUGUGGCCAACUCAGCACCACUCUUUCACAAUGAGCUUUUUGCAGCUCAAUACAACCGCACUUUCUGUUUUGAGAAGUAUCCAAUGCAAGACUGGGUGGCAGGCAUGAACCUCUACCGAAUCUUCCUGGGCUUCUUGGCUCCCUGGUGCUGCAUGUUAGCAGCAUACAAAGGAAUCUUGAAGGCAGUACGUGGCAAUGUUUCCACCGAGCGGCAAGAGAAAGCCAAGAUCAAGAGGUUAGCCCUUAGCCUCAUCCUCAUAGUGCUUCUUUGCUUCGGACCUUAUCAUGUGCUCCUGCUGUGGCGCAGUGUGCUCUUUCUCAGCAACCCUUGUGACUGUAAAGUGGAAGAGUACUUAUUUACUGCCUACCAUGUAGCCCUCGCUCUCACCAGCCUCAACUGUGUGGCAGACCCAAUCCUCUACUGUUUUGUAAAUGAAGGAGCUCGCAGCGACGUGAGCCGUGCCCUGGCCACCCUGAUGACGGCCUUUCACCGAGGACAAGCCACAGAUAAGUUAAUGGGGGCUUCCAUUACUGUAGAAACACCCCUGGCCACCAAGAAAUCAGAUCCCUGUGGAGAUAUGAAAACUAAUUCCUAUAAAAGUGAAAUUGAAACAUUGAAAGAGGAGUGUCUUCAAAUGACCAAACUUAGUGUUAAAAAGUGAAGUCAUGCAGUAUGUUUGUUGGUGCACAUAUGUCAAGGGCCUCAAGUUUCCUCACUGAUUAUGCCAACAAUGUUGACGUUUAAAUAAAUUGUUGUAAAUCUCCUUGAAUGUUAUACCAGACACCUUUUUAUUACUGUUUGGAUAUUGUAAUUUGCAAAUGAUACAGUUUCCCUUCUGAAAAUGAUUUAAUACCGUUCUUAGUCCUCCUAACUUAUCCGUUAUAAACACAUUCUUUUAUUUAGAGCUCAGCAAGACCAUCAUGGCAGCUCAAGCUGUAACAAGUGUAUAAAUUUUUUUGCAGUAAAUUAUUACUUAUUCUACAGCUAGGCACAACUUUUUAAGUAUUGAUUGGAUUUUUUUAAAACAGUUUAUACAAAAUGGUAGUGUCCUUGUAAGAACGCUUUUAUACAACUUAUUUACUGUUUCAAACAAUUUGCAAUCUCUAAAUUAAGAGAAAUCCCUAAAGUAAGUACAGUCAGCAUUUUACAUACUGUUAAUUUUGUCACUAGAGUCUUGUGAAUAAAUAUAUUUAUUCAUCUGUUCUAAAAAUUUAUUCUUUGGUUGAAGGCACAAAAUUUCAGUGUGAAUGCUGUAUAAAUGUUACGUGUACACUGUUACAUGUAAACUUCAGACAAUGUUUCGAAAGCAUGUCAAUUUCUUUUACAUGUAAAUUGAAGGCAAUGGAAUUUAAUUAUUACAUUUUAAUUUAAUCUACUAAUUUAAAUAAAAUUGGUUCAGUUAAUCAGGUCAGUCUGACAAUUGUGUGCGUAUAUGGUUAGAGUUGUAAUAAUCCUUACAAUUAUUUUUUGAAAUACAAAUGACAUCGGAAUACUAUUUUAUAUUUAAUCAUAUAUCUCUUAAAAUGUUUCUUUUACAAAAUUCUGACCUAUCAAGCUAUUUCCCUUUGGAGAUGUGAAACAGCUUUUCAGAGAGGAGAAUACAGUGUAUGAUCUAGACAUGACUGUCACAAGCACUCCGAUGAGUCUUAUUCAAGCAAAAAAAUUGUAUUUAUUGUGGAUGAAGAUAUAAUGAACAGUAGCAAAGCACUGCUGAUCUGAUGUCACAAUUAUGAUCAAGGUUUUGAAUGUGAAGUUUCAAGGGAUUUCUUCCAGAAAAAAAAGGUGUUUGGUGUUUGCUGUAACUGAUAUGAAAAUGUGAAUAUUCCAAAAUCUGAAGCACCUGAGGAAAUCAAGAAGUGUUACAUUACCAAGGCCUGUGUAUGUUUGACAUUCGAUGUUCAAUGUACGUGCUAUGUAGAUGUUAAAAUACAUGUCACCCAGUUGUCUAUUGUUUGACUAUCGUCUAUAUUGUCAGAUAUUACCCAUAGAUGUCUGUAAUGGAAAUGCAUCCAAAUAACAGACUUUGCACAUGUUUACAUUCCUGUUCAGAUGCCUUCUUGGAGCUUUUCCACUCUAAAUCAUGAAUGUCUUUUUAUAACUUAGAGGUUUGCAACUAAACUAGGGGGGUGCCUGUUAUUCCAAAAUGAAAUAAAUUAUAUACGUUCAAUCAUUUUUUAGUUUGGUUUUGGCUCAUCAUCAUAUGGAAAUGGCAACAGAGAGAGACGGUACCAUAAAGCACUGAGUUUGUAGUCUGUUUGUUUAUUUAUAUAUAUAUAUAAAUGGUGACUGUUUGGUUAAAAUGCAUAGCAAAAUCCCCAGACUUGAAUUAAUACCUACAGAGUUGAUAUAAUCCUGCAGGAAACAAAUAAAAACUGUAAGAGUAAAACCAA